AUGGGUUUGUUGGUGGAAGGACGGUGGACAGACGACAAAGAUGCCCCAAAAGGAAUCAAAAUGACACCAUUCAACAACUGGGUGACCGUCGAUGGACAACCCGGGCCAACGGGAGAAGGAGGAUUCUCCGAUCCAAAAUGCACGACCCGGGUCUCGGUGCCGGUGCUUUGGGACAAGAAACAGCACAAAUUGGUGAGCACCGAGAGUGCCGACAUCAUUCGAAUGCUCAAUUCGGCUUUCGAUGGGCUUGGCGCAAAUACAGGGGAUUUCUACCCAAAAGAAUUGCAUACAAAGAUCGAUGAAGUGAACGAAUGGGUCAAUGAUACUGUCGUCACCGGCGUCUACAAAGCCGGAUAUGCGCUGACUCAAGAGGGAUACGACUUGGCUGUGGGAAAACUCUUCGACUCGCUGGAACGCUUAGAGAAAAUUCUCGAGAACCAGCGCUAUCUGGCGGGGGAGAGUCUUUCCGACGCGGACAUCCGUUUGUGGGUGACACUGAUUCGAUUCGAUGCUGUCUACUCGAUCUAUUUAAAAUGCAGCAAGAAACGCAUCUUGGACUACCCGAAUCUUCACGGUUAUCUCAGGGAUAUUUACCAACAUCCGGGCAUCGCUGAGACGACAAAUUUCAAUCACAUCAAGGCUCUCUACUUCCGCUGUGGCAAAACGUUGAAUCCGUCGGGCAUCGUUCCAAUAGGACCCGAUAUGCGACUCGAUGUGCCACACGGAAGAAAUAAG